UCCAAUAGCAUGUGUAAAUUUGGACGUCUAUAUAUCUAUAUAGACAAUGGUCUAAAAAAAUUCCCUCAUAUACACAUUCAGUUUUGCAAUAGAACAUGUAUAUAUAAAACGUCUACAUUUUCUCUCAUAUAUUUUAAUAUUAAUUUGUAACUACCAAUUCAACUACCAUCUUAACAAUAAUUCAACGAUUUAUUAUUGCAGUGUCAACUGCUAUUUUUUCAAUGGGCACUUUCCAAACGGCUAUAUUUCCAACGGCUACCUUUCCAACAGCUCUAUUACAACAGCUCUAUUCCAACGGCUCUAUUGCUGGCCUAUAUAUACCACCCCUCUCCUCUCUUAAAUAUCUUUCCAUCUUGUGCUACAACACAAUGAGUGAAACAGGAUUCGUUUUGGAUAUGCUCAUGAAUUCGUCGUCGUCGUCUUCAUCGGACGACGACGAACUAAUUCUUGCAGCAUUUGCAAAGCGCGAGGAGGAAGAGGAGGCAAAUGCUCGACGUCAUGGCGGUUCCACGCUGGGACGACAAUUUUUGCAUCGCGGAAGAGAUGCCGGAUUUGUUCUACUGUGGAGCGACUACUUCAAAGAAAAUCCCACUUUUCCCGAAAGUUAUUUUCGCCGAAGGUAUAGAAUGUCCCGUAAUUUGUUUAAUCGCAUAGCUGAAGCAGUACUUGAGCAUGACAGUUAUUUUAAGCAAAAAAGAAAUUCUGCUGGAGCUCUUGGGUUACAUCCUCUGUAGAAGAUGACAACGGCAAUGCGACUGCUAACUUACGGAUAUGCGGCUGAUGCCGCGGAUGAGUAUUGUCGGUCUGGAGAAUCUACAAAUCUAGCAUCUUGCAAAAAGUUUGUGAUAGCUAUUUGUGAAAUAUCUGGGGACCAGUAUUUGAGAUCUCCAAAUGAAGAAAAUACUGCUAGAUUGCUUGCAAUAGGGGAGCAAAGAGGUUUUCCUGGUAUAUUAGGGUCUAUAGAUUGCAUGCAUUGGACUUGGAAAAAUUGUCCUAAAAAAUGGCAUGGCAUGUUUAAAGGUCAUGUGAACAAGCCAACAAUGAUUCUGGAGGCAGUUGCUUCAAAGGAUCUUUGGAUUUGGCAUGCAUUCUUUGGUUUACCAGGGUCUCUCAAUGACAUAAAUGUGCUUCAACGUUCACCUGUGUUUGCAAAGCUAUCUGAAGGUGAAGCUCCAAAAGUGAAUUAUACCAUCAAUGGUCAUCCGUACACAAUGGGGUAUUACCUUGCAGAUGGUAUAUAUCCACCAUGGGCAACAUUUGUGAAGACCAUACCAGCUCCAGAAGGCAGAAAGAAGAAACGUUUUGCCAAAAGACAAGAGGGGGCCAGAAAGGAUGUGGAGAGAGCAUUUGGAGUUCUGCAAUCCCGUUUUUCCAUUGUUCGAGGACCAGCAAAAGGUUGGAAACGUAAAGAAAUUGGUGAUCUCAUGAAAGCUUGCAUCAUAAUGAACAAUAUGAUAGUCGAAGAUGAGCGAGACAGCGGUCCACAUGACUACAUCUAUGACUCUAUGGGAGUAAAGGUGACCCCAUCUCAUACUCAUGCGGAAAAACUGAGUGUGUUUAUUCAAAUGCAUCAACGGAUCACAAACAGAGCAUUUCACUCUCAGCUCCAAGAUGAUCUAGUUGAGCACAUCUGGCAAAAGUUUGGAGACAAAUGAUUAUGGACGUAGUUGUAAUAAUGUAGUGUUUUCAAUCCUGUACGCGGUUGUAAUGAUGUACUAUUUCAGUUAUGCCAUAAUGCAAUGUUUUCACACACAACAAAUAUUUCAGAUAUGAAAAAUAGUUUCAGAUAUGAAAA